AUGAGGAAUACUGCAAUUCAGUGUUUAUUCUGUGGCGCCAUUGCAGCCGGGCUUUGGGUAGCUGUGUUCAUUGCACACUUCCUCUGCCAUCAAGUGAGUGAACUGCAGGAGGUAAUCCAGGAACCCAGGAUUGGUUCCUUGGGAAAAUAUGCGAACCAGCAAAUCCGCCCCUCAGAGAAAAUUUCCAAACAGCAUAUGAUAAAUGGCAAGUCUGGUCCAAAUAGACCUGAAAAACCAAAACUACACCCAAACUUAGAUAAUGUGACUAAAACCACAGACCCAGAAUUUUUCCAUGAACUUUUCAAAUAUGGAUUUAAUGCCUUCUUCAGUAGAAAACUGGGCUACGAGAGAGAGGUGCCAGAUUCCAGGAGUGAAAUAUGUCGUCAGAAACGCUACUCACUCCGCUUACCCACUGCUAGUGUCGUCAUCUGCUUCCAUGACGAGGAAUUUAAUGCCUUGUUCCGAACAGUGUCCAGUGUGAUAUACCUCAGUCCCCCACAUUUACUUGAAGAGGUUAUUUUGGUGGAUGACAUGAGCGAAUUUGAUGAUUUGAAAGAAAAACUGGACUACCAACUGGAAUUUUUUCGGGGAAAGGUUAAAUUAAUAAGAAACACAAAGAGAGAGGGGCUCAUUCGAUCAAGGGUGAUCGGCGCAUCCCGGGCUUCAGGGGACAUCUUGGUGUUCUUGGAUAGCCACUGUGAGGUAAAUAAAGUGUGGCUGGAGCCCUUGCUGCAUGUCAUCGCUAAGGACCCCAAAAUAGUGGUGUGCCCUGUGAUCGAUGUCAUCGACGAAAUGACCCUGGAGUAUAAGACGUCUCCUGUUGUAAGGGGAGCUUUUGGCUGGGACCUGAAAUUUAAAUGGGACCAUGUUUUCUCAUAUGAGAUGGACGGACCAGAAGGACCGAGUACACCCAUCCGGUCACCAGCAAUGUCGGGGGGAAUUUUUGCUAUACACAGGCAUUAUUUUAAUGAGAUUGGACAGUAUGACAAGGGCAUGGAUCUUUACGGAGGAGAAAACAUAGAGCUUUCGCUAAGAAUUUGGAUGUGUGGAGGCCAGCUCUUUAUCGUGCCUUGCUCUCGAGUUGGACACAUCAGCAAGACAUACUUAGCUGAAGAUAAAUUUCCGAUCAAGGUAGCCAUGGCCCGGAACUACCUGCGACUGGUCAACGUCUGGCUAGAUGAGUACAAGGAUAAUUUUUUCUUUAAAAAACCUUCCUUUUAUAAAUCCAUGGCCUAUGGAAACAUUAGCGAGCGCACUGAGUUAAGGAAGCGACUGGGCUGCAAGUCAUUUCAGUGGUAUUUGGAUACUGUCUUUCCGGAGUUGGAGGCAUCUGAAGAAGAGAAACAAGACAACACAAGAAAAGAAACCAAGCUGUUUUCAUUAAUAACAAAGGGUAAAAAGGUCCCCUAG